AUGCAUGCUUUUACUGACGUAGACGAAAAGUUGCUCAGAUUUAUUUGUUUUGAGGAUAUUAUUCUCGAUGGAAUUAAUAUUUUUGAUCAUAUUGAAAUGUUCUCGCCAAAUCCUCGUCCAAUUUCUCGAGAAGAAAUGCUUAGCUGGGAAUUAGACAAUGAACGUGAAGGGGUGUUUAAUAAAAGAGUAUAUAAAUGUAUUCAAGUUGAUCAGCUGAUAUGUGUUGCUACGGCAAAAUCGUUGCCUUUUUUCGAUAAAUUGUCUUUAACUGAUAAGAUUGAACUUUGCAGACACGUAGCAAGUCCAUUUGCUUGCUUUGCAAGUUCAGCUGUAUCAUGUGAGCUGGGCGUAGAUAGUUGGACACGUAAGGAUUGUGUUAUGCCUGCUCUUGGUGUUAUUAGAAACAAAGAGUUUAUGGAGGAUUAUAAAUUGUUCACAUUGGCUGAUCGGAUAUUUACAAAGUCUGUAAUUCCUUUUAAAAAAGCGGCAUUAUCCAAAAAGGAAUAUGCAUUACUAAUAGCUAUUUUAUUCUCAAAAUCAACUAUUGAAGGCUUAUCAUACGAUGGAAGAGAGUUGUUAUACGAACAAUCUGUUAAAUACACGAGAAUCUUACUUGAGUAUCAACAAAAUAAAUAUGGGGUAAUUGAGGGUGCUAGACGAUUGGAUGAGUGCAUUCGCUUAAUUAAUAUAUCGUUCCAAAUUGAUACAGCUUUUCGUGAAAUGCAUACAUAUCUGCAUUUUAAAGCUGAAAAUAAGUCUCAUGAUCUUAUUGAACGUUAUUUGGAUAAUACACUUUGA